CUCUUGCGCAACAAAAAUUAUAAAAAAUGGAUUCUUCAACAUUAAUCAGCCCAAUUGAAAUUUUUUCAAGUCCCCAGCAAUUGCACCGGUAUCUUACGCGCGAAAAUAUCGAAAGUCUGCACAACCUGUUCAUCAAACGUAAACAGCUGCUUCCGGAUGAGCUUCGGUGGGAAUUGUUCGACCUUACCGGUGUACAAUUCAGCGAUGAGGAUUUCAGUACGUUAUUUAUGAAAAUCAACACCAACCGAGAUCCGUUUUGCCAGUGGGAUGAGCUGAUCAGUUACCUUAUACUCGGGUUCCAAAAUGACGAUCCAUUGGCGGUACAAGAGUCGUUAGAUCUACCGAUUUCGUCCGAUUUAAGCCUGAAACUUGGACGUCAAACCUAUCCGGUAAUCAAGAUCGAAUACAGCCCAACGGUUUCGUAUGAUGGUACAAUCAAUUGGUCACAAGGCUGCUGGAUAACGUCUUCCCGUGAGGCGGUUAUCACUUUUUGGAAGCGAGAUUGGAAGCAUGAAAAAACGGGAAAGGCAUUCAGUGUCGACCUGAAACGGGCAAAAACGAUGAUCCUGGAUACGGCCGUUUUACCGGACCAAAACUUGUUCUGCGUGGCAUGUUUGGAAUGUGAACUGCGCUUUUACGACAUUAUCGCGUCAGGAUUCACUCUUAAAACGAUUGUCAAUAGAAUACCGCAUGCAAUCAACGCCAUGCACUAUCAUUUUGCGUCUGCUACUCGGAGCAAACUGGUUGUGGGCGACUAUAGCGGAUUCCUGCGGAUAAUAGAGUUCUAUCCGGAAAACAAGGAACCAUUCAAAUUCGAUGCCGCUUCUACCAUCACACGAGUGUGUUUACGAGAUCUUAUUACUGGGUCAUUCCCACAAAUGGUGUGCAGAGAUUUUGGUCGCUUGCUACCGGACAUUGUACGACAGGUCGAGUUUGUUGCUCCGAUCAAUACCAUUAUUGCAUGUUCGGAAAAUGACCCUCUCGUUCCUCACCAUCUUCGGAAUAAAUUGCAAAAGUCAUUAAUAAUUCAGCAUUGUUACAAGCUUGACAAGAAGCUAGAAUUCAUGGUUCCCAAAGGAGUUUCUUGCUUCGCCUUUAAUUACUUAAAAGAUCUGCUGGUGACUGGUGGCCCGGAUGGUCAUUUGAGACUGUGGGAUAGUCGACGCCCAGAGAAGCCAACAGUUACUCUGCCUGGACAUAACACUGGAAUAAACUUUUUAUUUUUUCAAGAUGAUGCUCAAAAAAUAUACAGUUUGGAUCAGAAUAAAAUAGUGAAAAUUUGGGAUGUUCUCAACCGAACACUGAUACAGACGUAUAGUCACUUCGCGUCAAAUCUAUAUAAGACGAUUCCGGCAUGUGCAUACUACAGCGAUCUAAAUCGGGAACUACUUGUCGGGGCCAAUAAGGUACUGGCCGCAACUUGCUGUCCUAAGAUUCCGCUAGAGGUUACCGACGGUGAAAGCCACACGCAGCCGAUCGCGGUGCUUUUGUAUAAUCCUCUGUUCAAAGUUGUGGUAAGCUGUGGCUUAGAUAGCUUCAUUAUAGUCUGGGAUCACACCGUAAACCGUAAGCUAACAGUUAUACCACAUGCCCACACUCGACUGGAAAAUGGAUUACUGGUAAAUGUACAAAUAACCACUGCAUGUUUUGACCCCAAACUUCAGCUAUUGCUCACCGGUGCCCGAGAUGGAUCCUUGAAAGUGUGGAAUUUCAACAGCGGCUCCCUCAUGAGCUCAAUGAGCAUUCAACAGGACUGCGAGGUGACAGCUGUGUUUUGGGAACCGACCAGCGUUCUAGCAAUGGGUUGGAACCAUGUUGUGUGCGAAUUUCCCGUUGGUCAUUUGGGAAUGGAUUUCCCCAGCAGUGUCGAGUGGCAAAGGCUUCAUUUCGAUGACAUCCUUGGCGCUGCGGUAACUCACAAAGAACCCAAAACGAUGGCAACAUGUAGCUACGCGGGUGAAAUAAUUUUCUGGAAACUGGAAACCGGACAACCAUAUCGUAAAUUUGAUGCCGCUAAACCAAAGCUUAAAAUUCCCGUUCAUUUCCAGCGAAAGAAACGCGCACCGCCGAAACGGAGACAGACAAAAAUGUCGAUCUUCCUGCCACAGCAACACUGGCGGCAGCGAAGAUUAUCUCAAAUUAUCUUACCAGUAACCGCGGAAGAGUUAAGACAGCUGACAAUUCACUGCUUACUUUUCCUGGAAACCCGUCCAACGCAUCCGGACUACGGAACACUGCUUGCAAGUUUAGAUACUGGAAUCAUCCAAGUGUAUUCUCAUCAUGUGGAUGGUGGUUUUCUCGGUUAUUUCAAAACAAUUCACAUGGCAGGUGACCGGGUAAUUUCUAUGACAACGGAUGCAGAAAAUCGAUUUCUUUUUACGGGAUCCUACCUUGGCUAUAUCAAAAUAUGGCUUAUACAAAAUUAUUACAUUCCAGCAAAGGAUCAUGUUACAAUCAAUCAUGCAGCAUUGCGUUUACAGUUUUCUUUUCUAAUGGAUGAUGUUGUAUCAGGUCGCGCGAAACGCUCGGUAGCAUCUCAACCAGAACCCUGGUUGUUGAGUUCAUAUCAAGGUCACAGAAAUUGCAUCUCCGCUUUGAUCUACGUAGAAGCUAUGAAAAUACUUUUAUCAGGCAGCAGCGACCGAACAAUCCGCAUGUGGUCACUUGGUGGUCGAUACAUAGGUCUCCUCGGUAGCCCCGUCAAAUGGGAUACCAUCGAUCCGGACACCGCUGUACCAACGGAUUACUCAUUCCGAGUUCCACCGGACCUUCAGCGGGAAGUUAGUUUUACCACAACGCAAGUAUUGAAAGGUGGAAAACGUAUCAUUCAAGUGGAAAGCCACAUUCUACAAGAAGCCGGCGAGCGGAAACGCACUGAAGCGAUACAAACGUACGGGAAACCACUUGAGGACCCCAUCGGGAAGCGAGAGUGCUUGCCUUUCGGUCCCAAAUUGGAUUACUCACUCUCGAUUACUCCAAUAUUCGAGCAUUUGAACAUUCACAACAUUACCAAACUGGAUUCUGUGGAUAGAAGCGGAAGGGUUUUAGCAAAAGUGAAGGGUUUGGAUUUCUCCCAUGACGGUGACAGAAUUGAUACCUAUCAUGAGGCUGAACAGACUGACAAUGCAUUCCACGAGCAAGUUUAUUUAAAGUAG